AUGUUGGAAGCUCGAAGAGGAGGCAGGAUCGAUUUCGGCCAUAUUGUGGGCGACCCGUUCGCGUUGGCAACAAUAUCAAUCAGCUUGCUUGCGUGGCUGAUCGCGUUUAUUUCCUCAAUCAUUGCCAAUGUUCAAGAUCCCUUUCCAAAAUAUGCCUGGUGGACAGUCGCCUACAUGCUCUGCUGCAUUCUGGGCGUUGCGUAUGUGUUCGCUACAAACUCCAGCGAUACUUACGCGAUUGCGGUCGUCGGAUACCUCGCUGCUGGCCUUGUUAUGACAACUUCCGCGGUCAACUCGCUGGUUUAUCAACCACAAGGUGCCAUGGAAGCCGCAGCUGCUGGCCACAUUCUGCUCUCUAUGGUCGCUAUUGUCUGGAUCUUCUAUUUCGGCUCCGCGCCUGCGGCGGCUCAUCGCGAGUUCAUCGACCAGUUUGCCUUGCACAAAGACCGCAAUUCCUUCCGCGGGCCUGCGCAGAGCAUGACCAAUGCAUAUGAUCGUCCUCAAACGACAACUUCCGCUCAGCCACCGCAGAUGUACACUUCGGCGCAAUUGAACGGUUUCGAGACUUCUUCUCCUGUUUCGGGUUAUCCCGGUGGUCCCACGGGAGCGGCCGCACGGCCCUCAGCACUACCGGCCUCCAACACGGGCACGACACCCGCUGGACAAGAUGUAACCCAGCCCACCGAAUACCCCUAUCGAGCCAAAGCCAUCUACAGCUAUGAGGCAAAUCCGGACGAUGCCAACGAGAUCAGUUUCAGCAAGCAUGAAAUUCUCGAAGUCUCAGAUGUGAGCGGACGCUGGUGGCAGGCCAAGAAAGAGAAUGGUGAAACCGGCAUUGCCCCCAGCAAUUACCUGAUCCUGUUAUAA